CAGAACACGUAAUAAUCUACUAAUUAAUGAGAUAACGACAGUUCUCAUCAUUUGGAAGAGGACAAACAUGUACUAUAAUACCUUAACUUGAUUCUAACAAAAAACGUUCUGCAAAUAAAAGGAAACAACCUUUACAAAAGACAGAUAGACAGACAAAUGAAAAGUCAACCCUUUCUCUAAGUAGUUGUGUUACAAAAGCAUAACCAACUUCAUAGAAAUUUUGGUGGAAAGAAAAGCUUAACGUUACUCUUUCCUAAACAUGCUGCAGAAAAUAAGCUUGACAUUCUCAUUCUCAUCAUUAAUGUAUAAUAAAACUCACCAUUCUCGAUAACAUUCAUCUUCAUCACACCUUGUCUAUAAAUUGACAUCAAUCAUUUCUAUAUAUAUAUAUAUAUACAAGAAUCUCUUUUCAGAAUCAGAAGCUAAGUAGUAUUUAUAUAGUUCAGACUAAUUUGUCACUAGUCACUACUACUCAUUAUACCAUGGAUCACAAUCUUGUUAUGGAAGGAGAGGGAAGCAUUCAUAUACAAGUUGGUGAAGUUCAAAGGCUGAGCGAAACCGGUAGCUCAAACACGACAAUGUUCGAGCCUCGUGGAUUGAGUAGCAUUGAGAAGUUAGAAAGUGACAGUACGGCUAAUUCGGUCUCUCCAACAAUCUCAAUAAAUGGAGCACCAGAAAAGAAGCUGACCCUUUUUGCUCUUCAGCUUGCAAUGCUUGAAAAAGCAGCAACUGGUUUGGGAACUCUUGGUUUUAUCUGGGCAACUGUUGUACUUCUUGGAGGUUUUGCUAUCACCUUAGAAAAAACUGACUUUUGGUUCAUCACCAUCAUACUUUUAGUUGAAAGCACUAGAAUUUUCAGUAGGAGUCAUGAACUUGAAUGGCAACACCAAGCCACAUGGUCCAUUACUGAUGUUGGAAUUGGAAUCACAAGUUUCAAGGAAAUGAUUUCCACUUCAAAGCACAAUACUACAGACACAAUGGAGACUGCUGAGCAUUUCCGGACACAAGAUCUAGCAAACCUAAGGACACCAGCUAGGAUGUGGAGUAGCUCAGAAGUUCCACUUCUACCAUAUGCUAAAUGGUUUUUUCUUUCAAGGCAUGUCAGCAGACUUCUCUACUGGCUUCAACUUAUUUCUGCAACAACUUGUGUGGUUCUCUCAUCAAUAAAGUUUGUAAGGCAUGAUUUUGGAGGGGUGGCAAAUGCAGACACAAACAAAAGGAAGCGGGCUCUCUUUAUCUUUUAUUCCUUGGCUCUUGCAGAAGCUUUGUUGUUUCUAAUGGAAAAAGCAUAUUGGGAAUGGCAAGUCAGCUAUUGUAAACUGUUGGAAGAGGUUAACAAUGAGUGUGAAUUGGGGCCGUCCGGAAUGGUUUCGAUUAGACGAUUCUUUUAUGAUGCCUAUUCAAGAUGUGUCAAUGGAAGCAUAUUUGAUGGCUUGAAAAUGGACUUGGUCAGUUUUGCUAUGGAUCUCUUGGCUUCUAACUCCCCUGAUGAACAGCUCAUUGGAGCAAGAAUUCUUAGGAAGUUUUCGGUCAGCGAGCGAUUUUCUGAGGAUACCCUUCAAAAGAUUGGAACCUCCAUAUCAGUUGUAGAGAGACUAAUUGAGAUGUUGAAUUGGACAGAUCAUAAGGAGGUUGACAUCAGGCUGUCAGCUGCAAAUAUUUUAUCGAAACUAGCUGGUAUGAAACAGAACUCUCUCCGAAUAGCCGGUAUACCGGGAGCUAUGGAAUCAAUAUCCUCUCUUCUACAUACUAACAGGAGUUUGAUUCCUGCAGCUGAUGAAAUUGGGGAAAAGAACCUAAAAUUUGAUUAUCCAGAUCAUGUUUUCCAGACAUUUAACCACUUGGGACUUCUCAUACUGAAAAAACUUGCACGCGACCACGACAACUGUGGAAAGAUUGGAAAUACCAGAGGCCUUCUUCCAAAGAUCAUAGAUUUAACACAUGCUGAAGAAAAGUUGCUGAUCAGUGAAAAUGUUACUCCAUCACAAGUUCUGACUGUCAAGAGAUCUUUGCAACUGUUGAAGAUGCUGGCUUGCUCAAUAGGCACCACUGUGGGACAUCUUCGAAGAUCGAUAUCAGAGAUAGUUUUCACUAUCAGUAAUAUAAGAGAUAUAUUGUGGAAUGGAGAGAAACAUCCCCUUCUACAGAAACUGAGCAUAGAGAUUUUAACCAGCCUAGCAUUAGAAGGCGAUGCAACCGAGAGAAUCGGGGCUACAGGUGGAGUGCUUCAAGAGUUGUUCAACAUAUUUUUCAAACACAGCAUAACAGAAGAUCAAAAACAUGUAACAGUUGUUGCUGGUGAGGCCCUAGCAAUGCUAGCAUUAGAAAGCAAGAGUAACUGUCAUCGAAUUUUGAAGCUGAAAUUGAUGGAAAAACUUGUAGAAGCAUUGAAAGUUCCGUUGAUUCGCGUCAAUGCAGCUAGAAUUCUAACAAAUCUAUGCAUCUAUAGUGGAUCAGAAUGUUUCCACCAACUAAGGAUAGUAACAACCGCAACACCAAUAAUACUUCAAGCAAUCAUGUCAGAAGAAAACAAGAUACUAGAAGUGAUGACUGGACUAGCAGCAAAUGUUUUCAAAUACAUGACUUCUCAUGAAUCAAGAAUUUUAUUUAAAGAAGCUCGAAUCACUAAGGCUGAACUUGCAAGUAAAUUAGUUGAAAUUCUUAAGAAACACAAAUGUCCUGCAACUAAAGUCCCAAGGAUAAGGAGAUUCACAGUAGAGCUAGCAAUUUGCAUGAUGAACGACAAAGAAGAACACAUAUAUACCUUCAAAGAUCUAGGAAUGAAGGAAGUAUUGGAAAGUGCCUUAGAGACCACAUCAGAGGUUGAGAACUUCAAUAUUUUCUGUGGUACUGUUGGAAUGAACCGCCACAAGCUCACAACUCAGUCACUGUUUGAGACAGCACUGGAAUUGAUGGAAGAUAGGCAAACUAUCAACCAUAGUUAAAUAUAUUACAAAAUCGGUUAACUAAAUCAGUUAACUACGUCGACAUAGAGCAACCAAUGCAAAUGUGUUGAUAAAUUGCAGUAGAUUCUCCAAGAUGUUCUUUGGGGCUGGAAAACAACUUAUUCAUUAAUUUUUCAGAUACAUUUUGCACAUGAAAUAAAUUACUCACACUGUUUCUCUAUUGUUAA